GCUGCAUUAAGUUUAAUCCGUAUUUUAAGUGAUUUUUCAUAAUGAAGCUUAUCAGCAUCAUUUUCUGCUUAGCAUUCACCUCUGCUUGGGGAUUUAGAAUACCUAGUUACAUAUGGCCAUGGGCCCAAGAGAACAGAAUUGUCGGGGGACAAACUACCCAAAUUAAUGAAAGACCUUAUCAAGUAUCAGUUUUGAGAUACAAUCAACAUAAUUGCGGAGGUGUUAUUUUAAAUAAAGAAUAUGUUCUUACUGCGGCACACUGUUUCAAUGAUGUAACUCAUCAUUCGGAAAUUCAAGUCAGAGUUGGAAGUACAAAUGCUUAUCACGGAGGAAUAAUCGUGGAUGUUGAGGACAUUACAGUACACGAACUUUAUAAUGAAAAGUUCACAAAUUAUGAUGUAGCUGUUGUGAAAUUAGCUUAUCCAUUAAGAUUUGAUAAAAAUAUAAAAGCAGCGGUACUGGCAGAGGAUGGAUAUGAGCCAGAAAUAAAUUCUAAGGUCACUGUAUCCGGAUGGGGUAGUUUGAGCUACCUUGGUCCAUACCCAGAAGAGCUACAACAGGUAGAUUUGCAGGUCGCAGACCACGACGACUGCUACAUUGCUUACAUGGCACACCUCGACCUGGCCGAAAGUCAAAUUUGUGCUACCGUUCCUGGUGGAGUCAAAGACUCCUGCACAGGUGACUCUGGUGGACCCCUGACUGAGAAUGGCGUCGUCGUAGGCAUUGUGUCCUUUGGUGUCCGAUGCGCGGAACCAGAUUAUCCAGGAGUUUAUUCUAGAAUUGGUUUCUAUAGGAAAUGGAUAGAUGCGAAUUCGAAAUGAGAAUAAAAUCUGAUC